AUUCACGAGCAUGUGCAUGUGCAGCGCAGUGGCGCUGGCCCAUGUUAUGAUCGAUUCAUGCCGGUGACGCUUCGUGCUGUUUACGAACGGUAUGUUUUCAGGGAUACAUGUAUUUUUCCCAAUUUUAUCAACUCGGGUGUUCUAAAUCUGCUUCAAAAUUCUAAAUUUCAUUGGAGCUCUGUUUUGGAGUUCUGCGGGUCGUGUUCAUUGCACCAGAAAACUGGUCAGAGUGGUAUUCCAAUAUUAAGUGAGCUGUAUAUUUUCAGAAGAUCGGAUUCCCAAAGAAGUAGGUCAGUUCACCAAGUUCAUAAGCAUCACCUCUACUCACUGCUGACCGGGCCUUCUGUGGAAUUGUGUACAUGUACAUUGAACUAUGCAUGUACUGAGCACGUGAUACAAAGGGGACUGUAUGGGGCAGGUGCAGGGAUUGACUAUUGACUGCUGUGCGAUGAAAUAGUAUGACUAUUGACUGCUGUGCAUUGAGGAUGGUUACAAAAUCACAACUCAAUGUAGUAAACAGUCAGCACAUGGACCUCUGAUAGACUGUGUGGUGUUAUAUCAGACAGGAAGUUUGAUUCUAGAAAGGCCGUUGGGAUUGGACGUUUGGAGUUCAUAUGAGGUCAUAAUUCAUUUCAGCAUGGAAUUGGAAAUACCUGGAUAAUACCCAGGACCAGUUUGAGAAUAAUUUCAGUGGAUUCACCCUUGUACUUGGAGCAGUAUUCAUUUGUUUUCAAUGAAUUUCAUUGUCAUGAGAGUGUCGCUUCUCAGAUUGUUGAGCCGACAUGGAUUCUUUGGAAUAGAUUUGAUCCAUAAUGGUGUUAACAUUAUAUCUUGCCAGGCGUGAAAUUUUAUUUUCUUGAUGAUUUUGCAUCCCUGGACAAGUGCCUUUAUUGAAUUACUAUAUCAAUAUUAAGGUGCUGAUGCUUUCAUUUAUACAAGGUGGACUGUUCCAAUGAUCGAACUGUAUUGGAAUACCCGGUAGUUAUUAUUGUCUGUUGUAGUUGUGACAAUUUUGAUCUAUUGAUCAAAUCCAAACUUAAAUGCAAGGACUAGGGCCAGUGAGGAAAUCAUUAAAAGGAUAAUAUUGUAGUAAUACAGUGGCUGGUAUAAUCCAGUUACUAUUCUUUGUGUUGCUUCGAUGAUGACUAUAGGGGGCAGUAUUGAUAAUCAGGACGAGACCGACUUUGGCAUCGAGUAUGACGACGCUUUCUCCAGCAAGUACAUAGCCAAGCAUAUCCUGGGAAGGGGAGUGAGCAGCACGGUUCGGCUCUGCUGUGACCGCAUCACCAAUGAUGAAUAUGCGGUUAAGAUCAUUGACAUCACCGGCCAGAACCAUGGGGGUGACAAUCGAGCUGAGGCCAUCCAGGAGGAGUAUCGUAAUGAGGUCUUGGUCUUGAAUAAGCUAAUUGAGGGAGGACAUCCCAAUAUUAUUAACCUCAUUGACUUUAUUGAGUCUCCAACCUACUUCUUCCUAGUAUUUGAACUAUGUCACUCAGGGGAAUUAUUUGACUAUUUGACAGCUGUUAUAACCCUGUCUGAGAAGAAGACUAGGGCCAUUAUGAGGAGUGUUAUCAGUGCAGUAGCUUACAUUCAUAGUCAUAAUGUUGUACAUAGAGAUUUAAAGCCUGAAAACAUCCUAUUAGAUGCUGAUUUGAAGGUGAAAAUUUCUGAUUUUGGAAUGGCAGCUGAACUUACAGAAGGAGUCUACCUCCGAGAACUAUGUGGUACUCCAGGGUACAUGGCUCCAGAAAUGUUAAAGUGCAGUAUGGGAUUGGAGAACAUCUCAAGCUACGGACAGAAGAUUGACCUUUGGGCAUGUGGGGUCAUCAUGUACACAUUACUUGUAGGUAGACCACCGUUCUGGCAUCGGAAAAAGAUGCUUAUGUUACGAGCAAUCAUGGAAGGUAGAUACCGCUUUGGUAGUCCAGAAUGGGAUGAUAUAUCAGACACUCCUAAAGACCUUAUAUCUAAGUUAUUAGUAGUAGAUCCUAAGUUAAGAGUUUCCGCUGAGGAAGCAUUAGAACAUCCCUUCUUCCAGCAAACAGAGGUGCCUAUACAAACAUCAUUCAAUGCAAGAAGGAAGUUUAAGGCUGUAUGUCUAGUAGUGUAUGGUGUUGUCAGAUUACGUCACUACUUAGGACAGCGUAUUGUCUCACCGCACACUAUCCAGGAAAACCCAUACGGCAUCAAGGCAAUCCGCAAGGCCUUGGAUGGUUGCGCCUUCAACAUCUAUCGCCAUUGGGUCAAGAAGGGCCAGGGUCAGGACAGGGCAGCUCUCUUUGCAAACAGCCCUAAAAUGGACAUUAAGAACAUGACCAGUUCUCUUAGUAGUAGCCAGCAGACCACGCCUACUAUAAGUAGAUCUUCUUCAUUGACUGGCAUCAUCACAUGAUGAUGGGGUCAUCAUGCCAGCUUUUUAUUGGACAAGGGAUGGCGGCCAUUAAUAGAGUAUUUUAGAUGAUAUAGUAUCAUUAUCAGCUCUUCACUGUAGGUGUAUUCAAGCUGCUCUGCUCUCCAUAUUGUGCUAGACUGCUGUGGGGUGUGGACUGUCAAAACUGGAUUUAACCUAUUUCAACUGGUUGCAACUGGUAUUUGUAGCCUCAACAUCUAUUGGAUCAUAUGCAGUGUAUGAACAACACCCAUCUUCUCAUAUUUGUCUUAAAUUCUACAAUGGAGACUAGUAUUUAGGUUACUAUUUUUAGUUUGUGUUUAUCUGGUUCAAACCGCAUUGACCUAAACUAGGUAAACCUGGUUUCAGGUAGCUUCAUCCAUCAUCAACUACCUGCACCAUAUACUAACUAAACACAUGGUUGUUUUUCUUUGCUGUUCUCUCUAUAUAGUAUAUAUAUGGUUAUACUGUCACCACUAUUCAAACCAAUAAAAAUACUGGUUUAAAUCCACAAAGAAAACCUCUUAACUUACCUUUGGGCUUUUUAAAAUUCCAAAGUCUCUUUGAAAUUGCCAGUCUGUAUCAGACCCUAUAUAAUAAUAGUUGUACUUUUUAUCAGUGAAUGUCAGAUAUCUGUUUUCCUCAAAAUUGAUAUUUUUCAGAUGAUUUUUAUAUCUAUUUUAAUGCCCUAUCUUUUUGAUCUAUCUGCAUACUUUGAGCUUAUUUAAUGUACAUAAAAUGACUGAAUGUUAUUAUUUAAUCAUUUGACUUUUUAUUUCUUGCCAAAUUAAAAAGAAAACAAUAGGAUUUUCUUUUUUAUCCACCAAUUGAAAGUGGAAAUAUUCAGAAUCAGUCAAACAUCCCUGAAAUGAAUCUUAUAUUUAAAAUAAAAAAUGUUGAGGCAGUGUAUUGUAUCCAUUGAAUAUUUUUUUCACAAUUUAUUUUUGAACUUGUAAUCAAUGAACAAUACACAAACAAAUAAAUACAACAAUAUAUAUAUAAAAAAAGAAAUAGUCAUGAGCUGAUUUAAUAAAUGAUUAAACCAUAAUUUGCAAUUUUCCGAUUCGUGGGAUUCGUGCAUGGGAGGCAUUUUAUUUGAAGUGGAAGAAAAUUGGGGCUGCAUUUCAUACUUCAAAAUUCAAUCAAAUGUUAAGAAAACUUCAAAUAAAUUAUCAUGUUUAGAUAAUAAUUGGGUUGGUUUUAUUUUCAUCCCAUCCCAAGGUCAAAAUAUGAUCAUAAAGAUAUAUUGACUAUAUGAAGUCAUAAUGUCAUGAUUUACCCCCUGUAAUGCAAAUCAAUGCAAAUGAAAAAAAAAAUGGAAGUAGCCAAUCAUGAUCAUUGUUCCAUGCUUCAAGUCUGAUCUUUAACCAAUCAGAAUUGUUAUAUCAAAUGUGGAAUUGAUCCCAAAACUUUUAGUUUGGAAGGCUCUGUUGAUUAUUAACCAAUCAGAAUUGUUAUUUCAAAUGCGUAGAAUAAUAAAACUGGGCCUUUUAAAACAAAUGAUUUGGGAAGGCUAUUCUGCUUGGUAGACAGACCUUUUGCUAUUGUUCUAUAGAAUAUCCAGUGAAUAUGAUUUUUAUAUCAUCCUUUUUAUCAUAUCAACUCUCUCUUCAACUACAUAGAUCUAAUAACUUGUAGAUAGUAUUAAAAGCAGAUAGAUAUGUAUUAUUUUUCCUUAAAUUAUAUACAACAUGGAUUGUUACUAUAUUUUUUAGUUAUUAUAGUAUGAAGCAAAAUGUGUGUGAACUAAGUGUAUCUUAUAUCAGGUGGUAUUUGUAAUGCAUGGUCAGUGACACUCUUUUAAAUGGGAUGUUCAAGUGGUCUAUAUUCUUGUCUCAAAGAAAGUAAGUUCAAGGUUAAAAACUCAUGGGUUUAUACUUUGCAUAAUGCUUCACAUGAGCCGAUAGUUGAAAUGCACUGAUUUUAUGUGAAGGGCAGCCAUGCUCAAGGUAUUAUUUUUUAGUGAAGAUCUUUUCACUAUUUUAUUUCUGAGAAUUUGGAUUUGAUAUAUUUUCAAUGAAGCAAAGGUCAAUCAUUUCAUCAGAGCCUUAUGAAAUUUCAAGCUUAUUAUAAUGGAAUCUAUUAUCUCAUCUGAUAUGAUCCCCAUGAAAAUUCAAGGUUACUGGAAUGGGUAUAUGAUCCCGUUUAUCAUCUGAUAAGGGCCCUUCGAAUAUGUAAUCUUAUGGUAAAGGAUAACAUCGUCUGAUCAGAGCCCCAUGAAAAUCAAAGCUUAUCGUAAAGGGUAAACAUACCUGUCAACAUUGCAAGUUCAUAAACAGGGACAAAGGAUUACCAUAAAAUAAGGACAUUGCUAACUUUUCUACACUACCUUAUGGACAAACUUUCACAAAAAUAGGCAUACAGGGUCGUUAUGGAUAAGAAUUGUUUCCCUGCCCCCCCCCCCAAAAAGGGACUGUCCCCAAAUUAUUAGGAACAGUUAGAAAUUAUGGGUAUAUUAUCUAUUUUUCAUCUGAUAAGAGCCCUGUGAAUAUCUAGUGUUAUUGCAUCGGGUAUAUUGAGUGUAUGAUCAGAGCCUCAUUACAUAUCGGGUUAUUAUUAUUUUGGUAACGGGUAUGUCAUUUAGAGCCUCAGGUCCUAUGUCUUUGAAGAUGAUUUCAACUUGCAUGGCAUUGGGUAUAUAUUUCAGAGCCAGUAAGGUUUUUAUCACUGGUGAACCUUAGAACCAAACUGUGUGACAUUGGUUGGUAGGUACAGCAUGGAUACCUAUAGGCCGUGCUAUUGAAAAGAUAGUGCUGAGCAAGAGUUACAUGUAACCUGCUACUUUCAUAUGCUGCGCUUUUUUUGUACCUGUGUUUGUGUGUGUAACAAGGGCAUUAAAGCUGUGUUGAGUAUCAUGAAAUGUACAGGUUACAUGUUUUGCAUAUGUCAUGUAGAGCAUUGUGAUACCAUAGUGCUUCAAUUCUGUGUAUUAUGUCUGUUGCCAAAUUUGACAACUCGUGUUGUUCCAAGCAGAUUUCAUUUGGGAAAGUGAUGGGUUGUUAGUCAUAAUGUUUGUUACUUUCUAGGUUUCUGGCUCUUUCUGGUUUUUAAGUUUUAUUUAAUAGAAGUACAAUGAUUAGUCCUGUAUUCCUUCUAUCCAAAUUGCACUUGUUUUGUAGAAUCUUCCUGAAUAUACAUAUGUUAUCUCACUGUAACAUGCCAAGCAAGAACAACAAAUCAGAUUUGGGGGAUGGGAGUCGACUCCAAUUUGCAGGAGUUCAAUAAUAAGAGAAAUUACUUAGCUUAAUAUUACAUUUCAUACUGUUAUGUUCAUUCAUGUAACUCAUAUUUCCAAAUUUAACCCAUGGUUCCUUU